AUGCCCGCUAUCCGCAGUUCAGAGACACUUGCUGACCCUUUUACCCAUCUGUGCUUUAGCACCUGCCUCACCCUCAUCUUCUUCAUCACCGGGGCCACCUUGGACACCAAGGUGCUGCUCCAGAACUACGCGCGCUGGAAACUCCUCCUUUACACUCAAACGCUCAGCUUCCUCAUGACCUCUGCUGUUGUAUUUGGGCUGGUGGAAGCGGUUGCAACGGAUCACGAUUUCAUGGACCCGGGUUUGCUGGUGGGGUUGAUCUUUUUCUCGUGCGUCGCGACGACAAUCUCGAGCAAUGUGGUUAUGACACGGCAGGCCCACGGGAACACGGCUCUGACGGUCGUGCAGACGACAGUUGGUAAUUUGAUUGGAGUUUUUAUCACGCCUGCCUUAGUGGUGAUGUACACCAGCACAAACGCCUGGUACAACGACAGCCUGCCAGCGACGUCGGGGUCCAGUGCAUGGGGCGAGAUCUACCGGAGAGUCCUGAAGCAGCUUGGCUUGUCGAUAUACCUUCCUCUCGUCGUUGGACAAGUCGUGCGGCAUUUCUUUCCCACCCUCUGCAAACGUAUCUUCGUGGAUUGGAAGCUGAACAAAAUCGGCUCCAUCGCCCUCCUCGUCCUCCUCUGGGCAACCUACGACCAAGCCUUCGCUACGUCCUCUUUCUCCCUCGUUCCAGGCAGCAACAUGGUGUUUAUCGUCUUCAUCUCCAUUGCGCUCUGGCUUGUCUUCUUCGGGAUCACAAUUUUCACGGCGAUAUUGUGGUUGGAACGGGAGGAUGUGGUGGCGGUGUGUAUGUGUGUGCCUGCGAAGGGCAUUGUGAUGGGCGUGCCGAUUAGUUCGACGAUCUGGGAUGGGAUGGAGCUGGGGAUGCAAAGCAAGGUGCAGAUUCCGAUUGUGGUUUAUCAGGGGUUGCAGUUGGUAGCUGCGAGUUUGUUGGUACCGGUGUUCAGGCGAUGGAUUGAUCGGAAGAGGGCCCGGGAGAGGGGGGAAGGUGAUGGCUGUGAGGAAGAGAAAGAUUGA